CAGCAAAAACCGCCAUUCGUGGAAAAAAAAAUAAAUGCUUCCGUUAACCUAAACAAAUCCCAGAUGGUCGAAGCGCGGCGACCGGAGAAUUCAUGGGCGAGGUCGGAGCAGUCGUCCGGCGUCGAAAUGAACGGUCGCGAUUUGUCUGUGUUGGAACGGAUUCUGACGGAUAGAGAUGGGUGCGGAGUCAGUGAUUCUCAGGCUCAACAGAAAACCAACAAUGCGUCCGAUACGCAAUUAGGGAUUGCAGAACGAGCUUUCUCUGCCGCCGGUGCCGCCUUUUUAUCUGCAAUCAUCGUUAAUCCUCUUGAUGUUGCUAAGGUAAUUCGUUGACCAUUUCAUCCUUUCAUGAAUCAAUGUAUAAUAAUGUAUUGUUGCAGAGUUCAGAUUGUCAUUCAAUUGAAUCCUCUGUUUUGAUCUAAUAAUUGAUUGGGAAAUUA